AUGUCACGAUACAUUGAUAAUGAUGAUAAUGAGUUCCCAAAUAUUUCCAAGUUACUUCACCCCUUCUUGCGACUAAUGUUUCAACCAUUGGUCGACCCAAGUGAUCAAAAAGAGUCCCUCAUCUCCAACCCCUUUUCAUUUUUGUUCCCCCAAAAGAAGAACGUCAAGAAGGAUUACGUCUCUUUCGCAGG